CCGGCGGCCUUCAACUUCCUCUCUGUGUUCCUCAACUGCGAGACCUCACAGAGGAAGAAAAUGUCAAUAGCGCCAUCAGCUUCUCGUCUUCACUCACCGUUUCUUUCUUCUCCACUCAAGCUCUCCUCUCAUCCUGCUCCGACUCCGUCGUACAAAUAUUCGAGAAAUCAACGGUCGCCGGCGUCUUAUCCGCGAAUUAGAGCCGCUGAUCUCGACCAAAACACGAUAAUAGCAGUAUCAGUAGGACUGGUGAGCGUUGCGGUUGGGAUAGGCAUUCCAGUCUUCUACGAGACUCAAAUCGAUAAUGCUGCAAAACGAGAGAACACACAACCUUGCUUUCCUUGCAAUGGUACUGGUGCACGUAAGUAAUUCUUUCUCUGGUUUAACAUCUUUCCGCUUAUUGUUUUUGGAAAUUUAAUGAGAAAUGAAAACGAUUCAUAGUGAAGUUCAGUUUCUCUCUAGUUGUUUGAUUUAGAGAGGAAUUAGGAUUAACAAAGGAAAGAAAUGAGACAAUUUUGCAGCAAUAGAUCUUUUUUAUUUAUUGUUAUUCAUGUUUGGUUCAUAAUGUCACCCCAGGAAUUCUCU